CCACUUUCAACGGGUUGCUAGGCGACGGUAGUCAGGUGACUGUCUGCAGACAGAACAUGGCUGACCUGUCAGAAGACCAAUGAGGGAAAGGCCAAAUUUAGCAUAAUCGAUCUGAUUUUUUACGUCGUUUCUGACCACAGUUGACCGUCGUGGACAGCAGUUGACGAGAGGUGUUCAAGAUGAGCGGGUUGCCGGGGGGAAUAGCAAAUGGCCCAAGCAGGAGUGAACACUUAGAGCAAGAUGCUCAGAUUUGGGAGAGACCCUGGACUCUUGAAGAGAUGCGGCAGAGCAGUGCCAACUGGUCUUUGGCAGCCGACUCGGGGCUCUUCCUGUUCCUCCAAGACUUCUCUCAGAGAAUGCUGUCAAAGACCCACGAUAUUGAAAAGCAGUUGGACAGUCUGAUUAAUGACACCAAGGCCACAGACAGCUGCUUGCACUCUGUCUUUAACGACUUUCUCAUGCUGUCCAAUACACAGUUUAUAGAAAAUAGAGUGUAUGAUGAAGAGGUAGAAGAGACUAUUCCCAAGGCUGAUGCUUUGGAGAAGCAGCCUGAGCAGGAGAAGACUCGAGAGCAGAAAGAGGCAGAGUUGAUCCCGAAGAUGCAGGAAGCUGUAAACCAUGGCCUGAGAGUUCUGGAGUCAGCCUUUGAGCAUCUGGACAUCAAAGCGGGAAACUCUGACUCAGAGGAUGAGGAGGUCACAGACCGAGUGGAGGCCAUCCUGGAGCCUAAGGAUCUUUAUGUGGACAGGCCACUUCCAUAUCUGAUUGGUUCCCAGGCCUUCAUGGAACAGGAGGAUGUUGGACUUGGGGACCUUUCAAGUGACGAAAUGUCAGUUGACAGUGACCGAGACAGUGUAAUUGAGAGCGAAGAUGGCAAAGAAGCAGUUCAUUCAGAUGAUGACUUUAAUCAGGAGGAAGAUGAAGAUCACAAUAACAUUAGGAAGAAGUCCUCCAUGUUGAGUUAUGAGGACGAUGAAGAGGAGGAGGAUGAGGAUUCGGACAUAUUUGGAGAAUCAGACAGGGAUGAUGAUGAUGACGACGACAACGACGACACAAAGAACACAGGCCCGUCGUCUUUUGCUGAUGAGCUGGCAGCCCGAAUCAAGGGCGAACCGGUUAACAAACCAGAAGGAGAUCGUGCAUCAUUGGCAUCUAAGAAGAAAAGUAAAAGCAGGAAAGAACCAAAGCCUGCAAAGCCACAGGCAGCUGACGAGGACAGCGAUGACAUGUUUAAGCCACCGAAGAUGGACGACGAUGACUUCUCCCCGUUUGGAGGGAAAAGUGGCCUCUUCAGUGGAGGAAGAGGCCUGUUUGACGAUGACGACGAGGGGGAUCUUUUCGCUGAGGCACCGAAACCUCCAGUGUCCGUAGAGAAAAAGGUGCUGAAUGAAAGCACGAAAAGCACAGCUCAAAUUGCAGAAUCCGUCAAACCUGGAAAGAAGAAGAUUCCAGCGGGUGCCGUUUCAAUAUUCCCAGAUAACAGCCUGUUCAGUUCAGGGAAUGACUCUGAUUCAGUUGGGAGCAAGGAGAAUGGGUCUCCAGCUCCUAAGACCAAUGCUGCCUCCAAACAGGUUCCUACGGGAGCUGCUGUUGGCGGAGGAGGAAGUGGGCUGUUUGAUGAAGAGGAAGAGGAUGACGACUUCUUCAGUGGUAAAAGUCUGAAAAAGUCUGACUCUGCUGGACAGAAGAAGCCCAAGAAAGCUGUUGACCUUUUCGAUGAAGACAAUGAGGAUGGUGACAUAUUCAGUGAGAAGUACAGUGCGUCGACUCCAGCCCAGAGCAAGAAGGAAGUAGUGGAAGAGCAGGUUAAACCACCUGAGAAAAAGAUGCCGGCAGGCGCCAUCUCUCUGUUUGGACCCGGGACUCAAAGCUUGCUCAGUGAGGGCCUGAAAAAGCGUCAGCAGUCUACCAGCGAGGAGUCUGAGAAAUCCGAGGAGAACGGGCCGGCUCCACAUGCUGCGAAGCCUGCUGCAAAGCCUGCUGUCAAGCAGAAACCCCAGACCAGAGGCCUCUUUUCCGAUGAUGAAGACACACAGGCAUCUCCAACUAUCCCUAAGAGCCAGUCUAAGCCUGAACUUACAAGCCAGGGCAAAACCAGCAAGGCCCCUUUGUCAUUAUUUGACGAUGAGGAAGAAGAGGAUCUGUUUGCAUCUGCAGCAAAGUCUAAAUCAAAACCUAAUCAACCUAAAGCCUCCACGCCGCAACCCAGUAAAGCUGAGUCCAGCUCCCUCUUCAGUGAUGAUGAGGACCAGUGGGUGACUUCUAAAAGUAGUGCUGGGAAGCCAGAGGUCAAGACAGGAGGGAUGAAGGCCAGUGCCAGUGCUCCUUCCAGUCUCCCCAGUGCCAAAAUGUCUCACAAAAGCAGCCUUUUUGAUAAUGAUGAUGAUGACGACGACCUGUUUGCUCCAACAACAGAGUCAAGCCAGAAGAAGUCUCAGAGAGUUGCUCUCUUGUUUGAAGACGAGGGUGAUGUUGAAGAUAAAGGAUCUCUCUUUGGCGUCAAACCUGCUGUCAACACAAACACUGCAGCCCCAGCUGCUAAGACAUCUGCUGUGGCCUCUCAGUCAUCCCCUCUGUUAGAGAAACCAGAGGAGGUUGUAGUUUCUACGACAGCAGCAGAGGACAAGCCUUCAGAGCAGGAGAAGCCAGCAGCAAAGACUCCUGAGCCGCUCCCGUCAGCGCCCUCGCCAGAGAUCAGCGAAAGUAAAAAGAAGCCUGCCGGAGCAGUCAGUCUUUUUGGAGGCAUCGACGUCUUUGCCAACAAGCAGACAAAGAGCCCGUUGGAUGAAGAUGACAACGGUGACAGCUUCCUCUCUGAGGACAGCCCACCACCAAAUGUCAAGAAGGAGGAGAAGAAGGAGGAGAAAGUCAAAACAAACACUGUUAGUCUAUUUGACGCCGAGGAGGAAGAUGAGUCCGAUUGGAAUGACCCGAUAUUCCCACCCAGUAAACCCGCAGCAAGCAACACACUGAAGCCUACAGAGGAGCGACCACAAGCAAAGAGCACAGGUGUGUUCCAGGAUGAGGAGCUGCUGUUCAGUCAGACGCAGCAGAAGGACAACGACCCGGAUGUUGACCUGUUUGCCACAUCAGGGAAAGCUGCGAGCUCCAAGCUCAGCUCAGCGAAGCCAGCAGCACAAAGUCUGUUCGCAGAUGACGAUGAGGAUGACCUCUUCAGCUCCAUCAAGCCAAAAUCUCCUCCUCCGAAAAUUGCAGAGAAGCCCAGUAAACCUAAUGAGAGAGCACCACUAGCAAGUCCAGAGUCUGUAUCUGAGAUUCAGAAACCUGCACCAAGCCCUGUAAAACCUAAAGAUUCCUCAUCAAGGAUUGGGAAGCUUCAAGCCAAUUUGAUGAUCAACCCGGCUGCGUUGCUCCCUGGAGCUGUCCCCAGUAUGCUAGGGGCCGUGACUGUCCUACCUAGUUCCUCCUCUGGGGUGUCCAGCUCUAGCCUGAGCCCCAGCCCUGUCACGACUCCUGUAGGAGCCCAGGCAGACCGCGAGGGAGGAGUGAGCUUCGACAUCCCAGUCGAGGUUACAACACUGCAGAGCGCACACAAGGGACGUGCCAAAGGUUCUGUACAACGGAGACCGCAGUCCAGAGCAGCGAGGCAGCAAGCAGCCCAAAGGACUGUAAAGGAUAAAAAAGAGACCGUGGGUGGAGACGUUCUCGGGCCGAACCCCAGUCUGUCUGGUUUAGCCUUACCUCCACCAGACAAGUCCAGCCAGACACGUGGCAGUCCGACACUACCUAACUCGACUGCACCCGCAGCUUCCCCACCUUCUCAAUCCUCUCUCCCUGAAAUCUCCCCCAGACCCUCUGUUCUGACACUACCAGUAUCUACAAACACUGGAAAGAAAGACUCCAGUAAAGACAGCAGCGUUACCAAGGUGCUGCCGUCUCCUGAUGAGGAUGACCUUUUUGCCUCGGACGGUCUGUUUGGGGCCACCUCGGUCACUAACACACCCUCCGCCAGACAAACUACCAAGACUACACAACCUCAGGCCAGUAGCGAGGUGGGAUUGAAGAAAGACGAAAGCACUCCCCCGUCCAUUUUUGAUGCCAACACUGGCGACCUUUUCCAAAAGGUCAAACCAAGGUCAACUACUAAGAAAGCCACGGUCUCGUCCUUUUUGGAAGAAGAUGACGAUGAUGAGGACAUCUUUGGUUUGAGCAACAGCUCCACUCCCACGUCCACGAGUAGUAAAGAAAUCAAGAACAGCAGUAGCUUUUCAAAGCAGGACAUCUUCCAGGAUGAAGUAGCCGCUGUGCCUAAAGUUCACAAGAAGCACAAAGAGAAGAGCCUUGAUGCCAGCCUGUUCAACGACAACAUAGACAUUUUUGCCGACCUGACGGACACUUUAAAACCAAAACAGAAGUCCAAGAUAAAGGGAGAGACCAAGUCAAUAUUUGAUGAUGACAUGGAUGACAUCUUCUCACCAAGCACAGUAAAACCGGUCACCAAGGCUCCCCAGAAAUCAAAGAAAACACCACCGUCUCAGGAGACCAGUACAGCAGCAGAUUCAAGCAACAUAUUUGAUGAUCCACUUAAUGCUCUUGGUGGGAACUGAACUUAUUGUGUCUGAGCAGCCAGAUUUGUACAAUUGUGGAUUCAUUCUUUUGUCAUUUGGAUCGCUGAAAGAUUGGAGAUCGGAUACACUGUUGAUAGAGUAUUUAUUCAUAUGAAUUCAUAUAAAUACUGGGGCUUAUAUUUUGGCAGAUGAAGACUCAAAUGAAAAUGAUUCCAGUCAUCUUCUGACAGCACUUCCAAAAUCAUCUUGGUAUCAGAUCAUAUUAUGUAAUAGUUAUUAUACAGUGUACUGUUAAUCUUUAUUAUACAUAAUAGCACUUUAUAAGCAUACUAUAUGCUUAGCCUCAAAGCCUGCAGAAAUUAACAGUAAAUUGUUUUGUUUGUUUUGAAGAAGUUUAUCCUUUUGAUUUUCCAUGUUGAGAUUCCAUGUCUUUGGGUUUGUGCCAUAUCAUGGUUAUGAUGAGAAAUCAAUGUGUUUACUUACUGUCUUAGGCAUUUUGACAAUGUUUUUAUUAAUAAGAAAUUCAUCAAUUUCUUAACUUUGGCUGUGAUGAAAAAGGAAAUUCAUUUUUAAUAACUAAAAAGAAACAUAUUUUAUGCUAUCUGAAA